AUGGUGGGCCAGGGUGAAGAACAUGGACUGGAAGGCGGGAGGAAAAAAAGUGUGAUUCAACGGGAAGUCCAGAACCGAGUGAGCACUCACAACUCCCAAUCGCAAAACUCAAAACCUCCAAUUGGUCAGGAGGAGUUUUUGGCAGAACGCGGCGGCAGGGAUGGCAACAACGUCAACGUGAUCCUCCCUCCCAAUGUCCAACGUCGCCUCGCCGCCGACUUAUCGGCGCCCGUCACCACCGGCUCACCGCCGGACGAUUCCAAGCAGAACCUCAACCACGUCAUUAACUGCAUACAGAAAACCCUUGGGAUGCUUCACCAGCUCUAUCUCACAGUGUCUUCCUUCAAUGUCGCCUCCCAGCUUCCCUUUCUCCAGCGCCUGUAUGAAUACUCUGUGUUGGAGUUUGAUAAUAUGGUCAAAUUAGCAGAGAAAUGUGAUAUUCAGGUGCCUAUGGAGGUUCUCAAUUUAAUUGACGAUGGGAAGAAUCCAGAUGAGUUUACUAGGGACGUUUUGAAUAGUUGCAUCGUCAAUAACCAGAUCACUAGAGGAAAAACAGAUGCUUUCAAGGGUUUGCGAAAGCAUCUUUUAGAUGAACUCGAAGAGGCAUUUCUUGAUGAAGUGGAAGCUUAUAGGAUGAUCCGUGCAACUUCUGCUGCAGAAGCAAAACAGUUGGCUCAAGCACUGAAGGCAUUACCAAAUGGCAAUGUAAAGGUGAAGCCAGAAAUUUAAAAGUCAACAUGUUGAUUAAAUUCUGGUAUAUCUAGGCUUUCUUUGAAACUGUCAACAUCUUGAACAAUGUGAGAGGAAUGUAAUUAUUUGGUAUAGCUACAGGCGAUUUCACUUGAAUGUUCUAGAUGUAAUUUAUAGACUCACUCUACAGGCGAUUUCACUUGAAUGUUCUAGAUGUAAUUUAUAGACUCACUCUAUACUGCAUAGGGAAUCAUGUGAAGUAGGUAAGACCUGAGAUUAUGUUCAAACACAGUACAGUCUCCAGCUUGUUAUUGUAUGCAUUAACAUUUAAUU